AUCACGCAGAGUAAAGACGUCGGAAUUAAAAUGCAGUCAACAACGCAGUCAGAAAUCAGCGCCUUGAAGACGAUCCAGUGCAGCUGUGAAUACGACGGAGAAAAGUAAGCUGAUGCUGUGCAGGCGCUAAGCGAUUGAUACUGCGAUGUUACCAUUACAACUCUUUCCACUGCUCGAGGCGUAUUCUUUCUGGUUUAAUCAGCACACAGAGUCGAUUGAUCGGCUGUUCCAGAGACAAAAGAACAGAGACGGGCCUGAAAACGAGUCUGGAAGCGGUAAUGCCGUGCGGAUUUGUUUGUCCUACGGUGUGACACUGACGUUGUGGCGUCUGCAUCUAUCGCAGCGGCAAAAAACCGUCUGGACCUUCUCUCCGGGUGGUCCUGGAAAUUAUGGACCAGAUUUUUGGACAGCUGCAGGGUGGCUGGAAAUAUCAGCACAACGCCGAAGGCAUUUUCAUUCUGUUAUCGAUUACACCGAAGAUCGAGGCAAAAUCGCUGCUCAUUCAACGCAACUGUCCAACACCGACAUCCUCUCAGCACUCGAGCCUUUAUCCUGAACUCUGGAUGGAUGCACUGACUGCAGACUCCCGGCGACUUGCGGAGGAUGGAGGGUGGAGGGACAUUAAACUGUUGGACAUUAUCGGCACUAGGCAGCUUCGGAACUGCGGCUAUUAUGGCGCGAUCGCGAG